AUGUCGUCAGCGCCAAGGAGCCCACCUCGCACGCCGAAGAUGCAGUCGCAAGAUCCAGAGUCCGAAACAAGACGCAGUGUGUUUUGGGUUGGCAAUGUGCAUUGUGCUUCAUGCGUUGCUUAUGUUACUGAGGUCCUGUCGGAGAUUCCAUCUGUCAAGGACAUUGAUGUCUCGAUCCUUACUCAUGAAGUGCGCGUUACCCAUGGUAUUUCUGUACAGCCAGCAGAUCUUGUUUCUGCUCUAAUUCAGGCUGCAUUCGAGGUACACCAUGUCUCGACAUAUGAUGACCGAGGGGUGACAAUAUCAGAGCUUGAUACCACCACUUGGAAUCCCCGCAACUCGAUUCUAUUCGCAACUCCCAGAACAUCAUAUUCCAGCAUCUCCUCGAAUUUGAAAGAUAAAUUGCACACGAACAGAGAUAAACGACACAUUGCCAACUGCGACGCUUGCAAAAAAGAAGAAGCCAUCAGUAUAUCCUGUUCUUCUCCCUUGACCGACUCUACUAGCACACCACGUGAGAAAGUCACACCGAAGGAUGCUUGGAGUGCCGAUCUUGAAGCAGGUCAAGGCUGGAAUGAAAAAUAUAUCGAGUCCUCACAGUUUCAUAAUAAAUCACCAGCUCUUACUCAAAAUGCCUCCACAUAUCAUUCCCCUCGAAUUCCUUCGCCAAUCCCUGAAACGCCUCAAUUGCCAUCACCGGAGCCAAUUGAAGAAUACACUGCACGUAUCAGCGUUGGUGGAAUGAGCUGCGCAUCGUGUGUGAAUAGUGUUACAGCUGCCAUUGAGGAUCUUGACUGUGUUAAUCAUGUUACCGUCAACCUGCUCACAAACAGUGCCACGGUCGUAUUCGUUGGUCCUCAGGAUAACGUGGAUAAAAUCAUUGACCAAAUAGAGGAUAUCGGAUUCGAAGCGUUCCUUGACGAAGUGAUAUCAGUAUCUACCGCCUCAAACCCCACCCAGACUACCGAAGAAUACGUCACCGAAAUCGCGAUUACCGGCAUGACCUGCGGAUCAUGUGUUGGUUCAGUGACUCGAGGACUCGAAGAACUUUCCUUUGUUCGAAAUGUCUCGGUUAACUUGCUGUCUCAUAGCGGCAAGGUGGAAUUCCACGGACGAGAUAACUUGGAUAAUAUCGUAGAGAGAAUUGAGGAUCUGGGUUAUGAUGCCGCGGUCAACAGUGUUCAUCCUGUGGCCGAAAACCGUGAUGAUAUUCCUACUGUGCAAAAAAGAACAAUCGCUAUUCGUAUUGACGGAAUGUUCUGCCAUCACUGCCCCGAGAAGGUUGUGGCCUGCUUGGAGUCUCUUCCAAAUGUCACGGUCGAGGAAAACCCGUCAGAAAAGAAUCCUAUUCUCAGGGUCACCUAUACGCCGGAGCCACCGUCUUUGACUAUCCGGAAUAUUCUUGCCACAAUCGAUGAAGCUAAUGGAGCUUUCAGUGCAAGUAUCUAUCAUCCACCAAGUAUCGAGGAUCGCUCCCGUGCCAUGCAAUUACAUGAACGGAGUAGAUUAUUACUUCGUUUGAUUUUCGUAUUCGCCGUGGCCAUACCAACCUUCAUUGUUGGUAUUGUUUUCAUGUCUCUUGUGUCCUCGCAAAAUCCGAUUCGUCAAUAUCUCGAGCGGAAGAUCUGGUCCGGGAGUGUGACACGCACAGAGUGGGCGCUUUUCAUCAUGUCGACACCCGUCAUGGUCUACGGCACUGAUGUGUUCCACGUUCGAGCCAUGAAAGAGAUUCAUGCCCUGUGGCGUCCCGGAAGUCGUGUGCCGAUUCUGCGGAGAUUCUAUCGGUUCGGUAGUAUGAAUCUCUUGAUAUCUGCAGGAACUGCAGUCGCCUACUUCGCGUCUCUCGCUGUGCUCAUAGUCGACGCGGUAGUUGGAACCAAAUCAAGCGCCUCGAGCACAACUUAUUUCGACUCUGUUGUGUUCUUGACCCUUUUCAUUCUCGCUGGUCGAUUUCUGGAAGCAUACAGCAAAGCAAAAACUGGAGAUGCGGUUUCUUCUCUGGGAAACCUUCGUCCUUCCGAGGCUCUACUGAUCCAUUCUCGUGGCGUGGAUUCGUCAAAUACAUCAGAUUCCGAUAUGACCACACGCAUUAACGUUGAUCUCUUGGAAAUUGGCGAUAUCGUUCGCAUUCCUCAUGGUGCAUCUCCACCAGCGGAUGGUAUCGUAGUUGAAGAGGGAAAUUUCCAAUUCGACGAAAGCUCUCUCACUGGAGAGUCGCGUCCCAUCAAAAAGAACACUGGUGAUCAGGUCUACACAGGCUCCGUAAAUGUUGGUCAGCCCAUGCAAAUUAAGGUCACUGCGCUCGGAGGCUCAUCCAUGCUGGAUCAAAUCAUUUCAGUGGUUCGCGAAGGUCAAAGUAAACGUGCUCCUCUCGAAAGAGUAGCAGAUCUACUUACAUCGCACUUUGUACCGGUCAUCACUCUUAUUGCUAUCCUCACCUUCAUCAUCUGGCUUGCACUGGGACAUUCUGGUGUGUUGCCUUCUGAUUAUCUCGAUGUGGCGGAGGGUGGAUGGACGUUCUGGAGCUUGGAAUUCGCGAUCGCAGUCUUUGUGGUCGCUUGUCCAUGUGGAUUGGCUUUGGCUGCGCCCACUGCUCUCUUUGUCGGAGGUGGCCUCGCAGCGAAACAUGGAAUCUUGGUCAAGGGUGGCGGUGAAGCAUUCCAAGAAGCCAGUCGGCUUGAUGCUAUCAUUUUUGACAAGACUGGAACGCUGACUGAAGGUGGGAGUCUUAAGGUCUCUGAUCAUGAGGUCUUGACGAAAGAUGAAGGUCUUUUGAAGAUUGCCUGGGCUCUAGCUCGCAGACUUGAAGAGAGUAGCAACCACCCCAUCGCACAGGCUAUAACCGCUUUCUGUGCAUCACAACCUCGCGCCGAUAUCUUGUCCUCUGAUAUUCAUGAGAUCAGUGGCCAAGGAAUGAAAGGAACUUUCACUGUGUCUAAUGAGGCAACCGAACAGCAAUACGAAGCUGCUAUUGGAAAUGAACGCCUACUUGACAGCAUUCUACCCUCCGGCACAGACUCCUAUUUUGUGUCGAAUUUGCUUUCGCAGUUCCAAACAGCCGGCAAAUCAACUGCGAUACUCUCGCUUCGUCUUCUCAACCCUGAAGCUCCCACGGAGUCCCAAUUCAUCCCCGCGAUUGUUUUCGCGACCUCAGAUACCAUCCGACCUGAAGCAAUCGAAGUAAUUUCCGAGCUUCAUAAGCGACACGUUGAAGUCUUCAUGUGUACCGGUGACAACCAAAGAACAGCGCACACCGUCGCGGACAUGCUUGGAAUCUCCAGAUCCAAUGUAAUGGCUGAUGUACUUCCCUCAGAGAAAGCUGCUUUUGUCCGUCGAGUUCAAGAUGGCUCAGCGAAAGGUCCACACGAGCAACGAAUCACUCGUCCAAUUGUCGCAUUCGUCGGUGAUGGAGUGAAUGAUUCUCCGGCACUUGCAGCUGCCGAUGUGAGUAUCGCUAUGGCUUCUGGAUCAGAUGUUGCGAUCAAUUCCGCCAGCUUCAUUCUGCUUAAUUCAGAUCUCAGUACGAUUCUUCAGCUGGUUCUUCUCAGUCGACGGGUAUUCAACCGCGUGCGACUAAAUUUUGGAUGGGCGCUGGUUUACAAUGUGUGUCUCGUUCCUGUUGCUGCGGGUGUCUUCUAUCCUAUUAUUAGUGGUCGCCAUCAGAAGUCUGUCGGUGGUGAGAUGGUCAAUGUGGAUGAACAUUGGAGACUGAGCCCGGUGUGGGCUGCGUUGGCGAUGGCGUUGAGUAGCAUUUCUGUUGUCUCGAGCAGCCUGGCUUUGAGAAUUGAUCUUGGAAAGAUCAAGAAAAUCUUUGGCUGGAAGAAAUGA